CAGUUAAAUUGUCACUCGGCACUUUUUUUAUGCUUUUUUUGCUUUUUUACGCGAAAAUUGAAAUAGUAUAUCGGGUGAAUUCUUUAUAAUUCUUUAAAAUUCUAAGCAUUCAAAAACAGCUCUCUCAUUGUGGCUUUUUGUUUUCAAUAAAUUGAGCGAUAAAACUUUAGCCGGGAUGGCUUACAAACUUUCAGAAGGAUCUCUUGAGAUCAUAAUGAAUGGUGGCCUUUACGACAAGCCAGUAAUGCAAGUGUUGGGCAGCAAGAAAAUACAAGGUAGUGGAGCCAACGAACGGUACAGACUGCUGGUGUCUGAUGGAAAACAUUCCCACAGCUUUGCCAUGAUCGCAACACAGUUGAAUGACAUGUUAAUCAGUGGAGAGCUGUCAGACUAUUCUGUGAUACAAAUCAAUAAAUUUAUCACAUCUGUCUUGAAAAAUACUGGUAAAGGAGAGAAGCGAGUAAUGAUUAUUCUGGACAUAACCAUGCUAGCACCUGGCACAGAAGUUGGCAAGAAACUUGGUAACCCACAAACUUGGUCCGAAGAGUCUGUAACAACUUCAACACCAGCUCAAACCCCAAUGCAGCCAGUGCCUCAACAAACACCAGCACUUGUCCACUCAUUGGCCAAGCCAGCUGCUGGGCCAAGCUUGGAUUCCAGCCUUCUUGGCUCUCAAAUGACACAUCCUAUUGCCAGUCUAAGCCCCUACCAAAAUAAAUGGGUCAUAAAAGCCCGCGUAAUGAACAAGUCGCCGAUAAGAACGUGGAGUAAUGCCAAGGGGGAAGGCAAACUGUUUAGCAUGGACCUGUGUGACGAGAGCGGGGAGAUCAGGGCCACAGCAUUCAGGAAUGAGUGUGAAAAGUUUUAUGACAUGAUACAGGUUGAUAAGGUAUACUACAUCAGUCGUUGCCAACUCAAAACCGCAAAUAAACAGUUCUCCACUCUGAAGAACGAUUAUGAAAUGACAUUCACACCUGACACAGUGGUAGCGGAAUGUAUGGAGGACGCAUCAACGUUGCCCACAGUUAAAUACGACUAUGUGCCCAUCAGCGAUAUUGCCAACAAAAGCCCUGAUACAAUACUUGAUGUGAUCGGAGUAUGUAAAUCGGCAUCUGAUGUACAGGAGCUAACGGCAAAAAGCACAGGGAAGCUACUCAAGAAGAGAGAAGCUACACUAGUCGACCAAUCAGGCGGGGCUAUUGUUCUCACACUGUGGGGCAAUGAAGCGGAGACCUUUGAUGCUAGCAGCAACCCUGUGGUGUCUGCAAAGGGUGCUCGUGUAGCGGAGUUCAACGGAAGCAAGUCUCUGUCGUGCCUCGCGUCCACGAUGUUACGAUGCAACCCCGACGUGCCCGAGGCGCAUCGCCUGCGAGGCUGGUACGACAACGGGGGCGCUAACAUGGACACUGUCAAUAUCUCCGCCAGGGCGGGCGGACAACCCGGAGGCAGUGGCGAAUGGAUCACAUUCUCCGAAGCCGAGGCGCGCAGGCUGGGCACGGGGGAGAAGGGAGACUACUACACCCUCCUGGGCGUCCUCACCUUCAUAUUCGCGGAGAACGCCGUCUACAAGGCGUGCCCUCAGGAGCAGUGCAACAAGAAGCUCGUCGAUCAGGAAAACGGACUGUUCCGAUGCGAGAAGUGUAACCGAGAGUAUCCUAACUAUAAAUACAGGCUGCUGCUUGGAGCCAACGUGUCAGACCCGACCGGCGACCAACGGAUAACCGCAUUCAACGAGGCCGCGGAAGCGAUGCUGGGCCAAUCCGCCGCCGACGUCGGCCGCAUGUCGGAGUACGACAAGGCGGCGUAUACGCAACUCUUCGAGGAUGUUAAAUUCAGGACCUUCGUCUUUAACUUCCGAACUAAAAUGGAAACAUACAGUGAUGAAGCCAGACUAAAGACAACAGUGAUGUCGGCUAAGCCAGUGCACUACAAAGACGCUAACGCUAAACUCAUUAAAAGUAUCACGGCCUUGAGCGGGGUUCAAGUGUAAAAAGAAAAGAAGGAAGGUGUAAGAUGGUCCCGAUCCAACAUAGACAGACCUGCUGGUGAAGUUACUCCACAACCAAAUUUUUACUGAAUACUCUACUCUCAUGAAAAAAAAAAUUGCCCGACUUGAGAUGGCGCCUGAUCAGUAAAAUCUGACAGUACCUGACACUAAGAUAGAUUUAAAAAGAGCGCAAUUUUUUUUGUUCAAAUCGAGCCACAAUACUUUAUUAAAAGUUAGGUGUGAUUUGGUACAUCUCAACUAACCGAUGUUUAUAAAGUCUACGAUACGUUAAAACGUUAUUCGUCUGACGUGGUGCCUAAUCUAUGUUUAAUAUGUUCAUGCAACAUCAUGAAUACUGGAUCCCGCAAACAGAAUUCUCGUAUAAACAUUAGUAUAGAAACACGAACGGGAUAGUGUAAAAAACCGUUCCUGCACAGAACAAGAUGUCGUGCCGUGAUUUACGUACUUCACCUACUUGUAGGACUAAAUAUGUGAAUAUCCUUUAAUAAUAUGAUUGAUGCCCUCCGGUGUUGCGGUUACAAUGUUGUCUAAAUUCAUUAGGUUUUUAAGUUUCAUUUCAGUAAUUAUGAGAUAGAUUUAUGUUUUAUUUGAUAGGUUAGUGUUAGUUGUGAGACAGUUAAAUUGUGAUCUGUUUUUCCAAAAAUAUUUUUGUAAUCACAAAAUGCACAAUAAAAGUUUUUGAUUAAAUUGA